AUGGCCGACGACAUCUGCAGUUGUUUCUCUAAGUCUGUUUCUCUGUUUUCUGCGAGUACAGAUGGACAGAGGAAGACGAACCCCGUGUGGACGAGUGAAGCCGAAGGGGUACCGCAGCUAGCCCUAUUGGGCCGCGUCCGCGUGAUGGAAGAGCACGCCCCUAGGCCCAGGCGGAAGGUGAAGAGCUUCUGCAUACAUGGCGCUCGGCGAUUCAGUUUCCCGUCAGUCCGUCCAGCUUCCAUCGACCAUAGUGCACAAGCACUCGUGCUUCCAAGUUCCAUCGUCCAGGACACCAGGUACUUGAUGAUAAAGGAUGUUCAUGCUACAUUACUACUGCACUUGUCUACACAGCAGGUUCCAUACAGCAAGCAAAGUAAUCAUGCUAUAAUUUUUCCUUCACUGCUUGAACUGAUAAAGAUGAAAGCUGGCGACAGUUUUAUCAUUCUGAGCACUAUUAGACUUUUCUUCAGUUUGGUGAUGCCUGAUCGGAGCAUGGUAAUGAAGAGAAAGGUUGUUUCUGCAGAUGGAGAUGAGAUGGUGAGCAUUCAUGGUCCAGCAAGCAGUAAGAACAUCAUGGAGCAUUCAUGA